GGGGCAGCCUUGCUACACAAUCAUUCUAGCGAAGGAGAAAAUUGUAAACAACUAGCUGAUCAUGGAGCGAGGAUUGGAAAGAACGACGUUCCGAUUCUGCCCUCAGUGCGGCGCAAAGCUACAGUCUGGUUUUAAAUUUUGUCCUUCAUGUGGGGAGAAAAUUCCUUGUGCCAGCGAUGCAGCACCACUUGAGGCAGUCAAACCAUCUCCAAAUUUCUCUCCCCCUAACGGGGAUGAAGCCAUUAGCCAAGCGUCCAACAUGUGUUACGAGGCUACAGACGUGCACGAAAGUGUCCUUUCUCCACGCCCUGCGCUACGUAAGACUCGUAACGCCCUCCGCCUGGACAGGGAAGUCCAUUUAAAUGUAAAAGAAGAUCCACCUCCAGUGGCACAAGAAACCAACGCGUCUUCACCAAAGCAAACUCCAGUCAAACGUGUAAAGAAGUCAGCAGCUGCUGAGGCCUCCCCCCCACCCAUCUUGAAAUCCCCCAGACCUGGAAGGGGCAGAGGAACGCCUUUGCAGCCUGCGGAAGAAGGGGAGAUGACAAAUGUAACCAUGAGGACCGCUGCGGAAUCCACUGUGGACGGCCCGUCGCGGACAGUCUUUUCUCCACUUUCCUCGCCAACCUCUAAAUCUCCGUCCAAAGGCAGAGGACAGAACAAAGCCAAGAAGGCGGCCGCCGUGGAGCGACUGGAGGACGGCGAGGAGCUAACGGACACCACGGGCAGGAAGUGGACGCUGGUCAAGCUGCUCAGUCAGAUCCCAACAGAGCUCCUGUAUGAAGUUCUGCCCAAAGGCUCAUGGACCUCCUCAAAGCAAUCCGCUUAUAUCCUUAAAUUGGGUGCCGUACGAGGAAGAAUCUACAAGGAGCAGAACUUCCUGCAGAGGGCUGCAAAGCCUUCAUCUGUGGCCAAGUGGAUCAAACAACACGACUUGGACUUCCUAGGAAUUCCUUCCUGCGUCAGCUUCGGUCACACAGAUUCUUACAGGUUCUUGGUUUUUCCCGCCAUGGGCCAGUCGCUUCACUCUAUCAUGGACAACAAUCGUCUUCCCGAGAAGACGGUCAUCCAUCUUGCCUGCAGAAUAUUGGAUGUACUGCACUACAUCCAUUACAACGAGUACGUGCACGCGGACAUCAACGCUGAAAACAUCUACAUCCAAGCGGGAUACCCCACGCAGAUAUUUUUAGUGGGAUACUAUCACACCUCGCGCUACUGUCCCGGUGGACGCCACGUGGUAUAUCGCCAAGGCAUCCAAGAGCCACACGAAGGAUCGCUGGAAUUCAUCAGCAUUGAUUCUCAUGCCGGAGCAGCGCCAUCACGGCGCAGUGACCUGCAGUCUCUGGCCUACUGCAUGCUGCAGUGGCACACGGGCACGCUGCCGUGGAGCGGUCUCACUGAUCCCGACCAGGUUUCUUGCCUCAAACAGAGAUACUUAGACGACGUUCCAGCACUGUUGAGUUACUGUUUCGGAAGGAAUAAGGUUUCAAGUACAUUUCAGAGCUACGUGAGCUCAGUGGCCGAUCUGCAGUACACGGAGCAGCCGGACUACUCGGAACUGAAAGCCAGGCUCGCCAUAGCUUUGUCGCAUAUGGGGGGCUCAGUGGAAAAACCCCUCACUUUUUAGCAAAGGAUGUAAAGGAGGACACAAUGUGAAUUGCAAAUAUUUCAAAAUGCCGUGAAGACUGACUGCAGAUAUAAAAUAAGGGUAUUAAUUCUCACUUCAAUGUUUAUUUUUAUAGUUUUUAUUGAUUUAAUACAGCUGCUAGUGAAACUAGUGUCAUGAUUGGAUGUAUAGUUAAAUUGCAGCCUUUUACCUUAAAGCAGGGUUCGGGAACCUUUUUGGCGGAUAUAAAUGCCUAUUUUAUAAAAAUAGUCAUACCAUUAAAAAAGGAUGGGCUAACUACAAUUGGAUGAAUGUAUUUUAAUUAAGACCAAGGAUUUUUUGAGCGUACUAAUGUAUUCUUUUUUUUUUAAAAAAAUUAUAAUGAAGCUUAGAAAAAAAUACUCACCAUUAAUGAGACUUCUGGGGCUGCAUUGUUUUGUUGUCCGGUUGAUAUGCGGUGAGGUUGAGCUUCAUGCAGGCGUUGAGGCUCUCAUCAGUCAUAAUGGCCCGAUCGUGAACGGUUCUUCCUGACAGGCAUGUCUUUUAUCCCUUUGGGUAUCUUUUCUUUAUCUGUGAAGUCGUCAAAAAGUUCAUUAGCCACAUCAAGCAUAAAUGUUGAAAUACUCGCCAUGAGUGAAUGGCUUUCCGUUCCUCACAAUUGCUAAUGCGCCAGCAAAACGAGCUGAAUUAAAGUCACCUUGUUUGGUCCGUACACAGAGUUGCUGUUGACUAGCUUGGUAUUUGUUGCAAAUGUAGCAUGUCGUGUCUCAAAAUUGCGCUUGAUAUUGGAGCGUUUCAUUGAUGCAAUUUUGUCAUUGCAUAUGAGGCACGUUGCAAAGCCUCCUCUCUUCACAAAAUGCGAAUUCUUCGGUCCACUCACUCUGAAAAGUUCGGUAAUCGUCGUCUUUUUGACUCUUCGACAACUUUCUUGCUAGCCUGGCACACACUAGCUAGCUAGCUGACAUUUUCAAUAAAGCGGCCCCGUAUUGUCCAAUAAAAAUCGCGCUUUUUUUGUCCGACCUGGCGACACCGAAGGGCAGCUGAGAUUGGUUGAUAUGACGCAACCGUGGAUUUCAGACGUGAUCAUAUUUUAUAUUUUGAAAACUAAUUUAAUAUUUUUAUUUCAGUAGAUCUAUUUUUUACUUUGAUAAUGGAACAAAAUUAUUUACGACUUCAAACAAAUGUCAGAUUUGUCCGCGAGCCAGACGCACUCACCAAAAGAGCCAUAGGUUCCUGAGCCCUGCUUUAAAGUAUAUGCAGGAAUAUGCUCAUAUAUUUCAUAUUCAUAUUGAAAUAUGGUGUCUGCAUAUAACAUGACAGGCAAGUUUUUUUUUUUUUUAAAUUGGAUCUUUCUCAGCUGUUGUUUUUUACAGAAUGUGUUAUUUAAUUUAAAUUGUGAUUUUAAUGCUCUUUGUAGUUUGCAUAUUCACAUUUGAUGCACUGGUUUUGAUAGUUUGCCUUUUUUUCUUAAAUGUUGCGUUGUCUACAAACGUUUCCCUGGAACCAACCACGGAUUGACCAUCUUGCAACAACAAUUCAACGAAAAUAAACAUGUUUUUUUGCAAA